AUGUACGAGAUGAAGCUGGGGAAACCUAAACAAACGAGUCAAGAAGGCCGGUUUCUUCACUUAACAUAUGCCUUAGAUUCUAUGGUAUUUCUGAAUCGGGUCACAGCAUGGGAAGAAAUGCAAGCUGACACCCUGCAAGCCAGUGAAUUUGAUAAACAAUCUCUGGAACUUGUCAUUAGCUUUGAUAGGCAUAGGCAGGUUAAGGUGUACAUAGGUCGUGACAAUUAG